GGGCGCGUAGAGGGGAGGAGAGCGGAGACCCUGCGCAGGCGCAGUCGAGCUGCUCCGCUCUACCCUCCUCCGCCCCGCCCCAUCUCUCCCGAAUCAUCAGUCCAAGAGCUGUCAGCUGAUGCUACGCUACGCGGUCACGUGACGAAGGGGGGCGCGGCGCAGGCGCAGAUUGUGGGCGGUUGGGUCACCUGACCCAAGGGGCCUUCGAGGUGCUUUAGGCGGCUUACCUCUAUCUCAGAAUCGCUGCCGCCAUGGCCAGUCAGUCGCAGGGGAUUCAGCAGCUGCUGCAGGCCGAGAAGCGGGCCGCCGAGAAGGUGUCUGAGGCCCGCAAAAGAAAGAACCGCAGGCUGAAGCAGGCCAAAGAAGAAGCUCAGGCUGAAAUUGAACAGUACCGUCUGCAGAGGGAGAAAGAGUUCAAGGCCAAGGAAGCUGCGGCACUGGGAUCCCAUGGCAGUUGCAGCACCGAAGUGGAGAAGGAGACCCAGGAGAAGAUGACCAUCCUCCAGACCUACUUUCGGCAGAACAGGGAUGAAGUCUUGGAUAACCUCUUGGCUUUUGUCUGUGACAUUCGGCCCGAAAUCCAUGAAAACUACCGCAUAAAUGGAUAAAGAAGAGAGAAGCACCUGUUCUGUGGAUUGGCAUUUUAGAUGCCCUCAUGGAAUAUGAAGCUUUAGUACAGCGCUAGUUAUCUUCUUAUGAAAUGGUGUUAAAUUAUUUCCGUAUAUUAUGUAGUAGGUCCUUCCACUUUUUGGAGAAUAGCAAAUCUAGCUUUUUUGUACAGACUUAGAUUACCUAAAAAUUUCAUCUUUUUACCUCAUAUUUCUUAAGAAUUUAAUGGGCAUAUGUUGUCUUUUUUCCUAUGCCUUUUGGCUCAAGCAACAUGUAUAUCAGUGUUGACUUUUUCUUUUUUAGAUCUAGUUUUUAAAAAAACACCACAUAACAAUUCUUUGAAGAAAGGAAGGGAUUAAAUGAUUUUUUUUUUCCCUAAUACUUUCUUGAAGGUCAGGGGCUUUAUCUAUGAAAAAGUAGUAAAUAGUUAUUUGUAACCUGUGUGAAGCAGCAGCCAGCCUUAAGGUAGUCCAUUCUUGCUAAUGGUUAGAAUAGUGAAUACUAGUGUAUUUGGGCUGCUUUUAGUUUCUCUUAACCAAAAUUACUAGAUGAUAGAAUUCAAGAACUUGUUACAUGUUAUUACUUGGUGUAUCAAUAAUCAUUUAAAAGUAAAGACUCUUUGUCCUGCA